CAGACACUGCAGGUGGGUGUGUGAUUUAUGCGAAAGAACGGAAGUGUUCAUUAUGCUCCGUUUUUCUGGACGGUAUUACAGCCUCUUGUGAGCUUGGAGAGCCACCCAGCAUUCUUAGGUCUUGGGAAACGGCUCCCCAUGUCGUCACUCUGGGAGAAUUGGGUCUCCUGUCCUAGCUACACUCUAGGAAUUCGUUCGCACAAUCAAACAUAUCUCUUUCCUUUCCAUCCUGUCUUUGUGACACCCCUCUCAUAGCAACUUUGCACAGGAGAUACACAAUACUCAUAACCAGUGAACAAGAUGGAUCCUACACCGAACAACAAUGACCAGGUCCCCAAGUCGGAUGCUGCGGAGAAGAAGGAUGAGAAUACCGAGGAAACCCAGAAUGAAACAACGGGACCCAAUUCAGUGAUCAGCGACGUCAACAAGAACGACAAGGACGAUCAUGAGAACCAGAGCGACAAUGACAAUGAGGAGGAUGAUAACGAAGAUGGAGACAACCAGAAUCAAGUAAACAACGAAGAGAAGGAUGAUGAUGAUGACGAAGACGACGACGACGACGACGACAACUCAGAGAACGAUUCCGAAGCAGAGGAAGACGAAGAGAAAGCAGACGGCAGCGCUACAAAGCACGCCGCCGCCGUCGAAGAGUCUCCCUCAGAAUCUCAGCCCUCCACACCCAAGGACGAGGAAGCUCCGCAGCCCAAGUUCAUGCGCGACGAAAAGAAGAAGAAGAAAAGCCGCAACCAGGAGGUCGCCGAGAAGCCUCGCCGCCGCCGUCGCCCCCGCUUCGCCGACGAAGAAGAUUCCGAGGAAGAGCCAAUGUCGUACCGCCAGAGACAAGCGUUGCAACAACGCCAGCAAAACCAGAUGAUGUUGAUGCAGCAGCAACAGCAGAUGCAGCAAGGCGGCGGUGGUGGUGACGGAGGCAAGAACCCGCUCAAGUUGAGGUUGGACUUGAACCUCGAGAUUGAGAUUGAGUUGAAGGCGCACAUCCACGGUGAUUUGACGCUUGCUUUGCUACAAUGACCCAACACUUUCACACCUGCGAGAGGGUCAAAUGGAGGCUAACCAUUGCGCUUUUGUUUCAACGAAACAGUGACGGUUAAGGAAAGACUUUGC